AUGGCCCCCGAUCCUCGCAUGCCGGGGCCGGCCCGUGCCGCUGCCUGCAACCUUGACCUGCUCUCUGAUGCGGCUCUGGCCAGCGAGGUUAAUCCCAUGCAGCAACCGAUGAUGGCGGAUAUGGGCCGACCGCCUUCGGAUCAUGCGAGGAUCAAGUCUUACGAUGAGCAGAUGGGGUAUCCUGAACGCCCGCGAGAGGACCCGAAUGUGCUGGCGCCCGGAUUUGCGCCGCAGCCGCCAGUUGCUCCUUACGAUGACUAUCACAUUUUUCUGGACGACCUUGGAACAUCUUCUUACCUUCCACCACCAUUCGAAUCUGAUCAGCAGAUAGGCGGGCUGUGGCCGCGUGGCGACCUUCAUCAGCGCGGACCAUCAAAGCCAUCGUCGCAGUUCCCCUCACGCUUUCCCUCGGUGCAGCCGGAUGGCCGGGAGAUCAUGGAAGGAGGCCCACGAAGCCACGAGGAGUCUAUGAGAGCACCGCUUCGAAUAUCCGCUGCCGACCACACGGUCAUCAAGAACAGACUCGAGGAGUUCUCCUCUGUCAUCCCCAACGACUUUGUCUUCCCAUCCCGCCACACGCUCACUCGCUUCUUGGAGGGUUACAUUGGUGGUUUCCACGAAUAUCUUCCGUUCCUCCACAUUCCGACAUUGACGCCUGCGGAGAUGGCGCCGGAGCUUCUACUCGCCAUCUUGGCAGUUGGUGCACAGUAUCGGUUUGAGCACGGCAGAGGCCAUGCCUUGUGGUAUGCCGCUAAGGCUGUAGCUUUGGAGCAAAUUCGAAGACGACACAGUCACGAGGUGCACGCUCUGCUGCCAACCCCGGCUGCUUACAGUCCUCAUUCGACCCGACCAUCCCCAAGCUCCGGAUUCAGGCACACCUUCGCCUCGGCACAGCAAGACCGCCCAAUGACCCAAGACACCCAUCGUGAGCCGUUCUCUCCUAAUACCCCACAAGCCCGCCUGGAGACCACCCAGGCCGUUCUUUUGCUCUUCGCCGUCGGACUGUGGGGUGCAAAGGCAAUCCUCCACGAGGCUUUGUCACUUCAAAGUCAUCUUGCCAUGCUAGUCCGCGAGGAAGGCUUGGUUGCCGAAUCCAGUCCUGCUGUGGCAACGGAAUGGGAGACUUGGAUUCGAUUCGAAGGCGCAACUCGCACCAAACUAAUCGCCUACUGCUUCUUCAACCUGUGCAGCAUAGCUUACAGCAUGCCACCCCUCAUCCUGACUUCUGAACUCGGCCUUUACCUUCCGUAUCCUUCUCGAAUGUGGAGGGCAGAGUCGGCUUGGCAGUGGCAGGAAGUUCGACAAGCAUACCCGUCCGUCGAGAUUACCGUACACGAUGCCUUCGCUAGGCUUUUUGGACGAUCACAUCAAGGCCUCCCUCCACACAUGUCCUCUCUAGGCAACUACGUGUUGAUCCACGCUCUGCUUCAACAUGUUUACCUGCUGAAGCAAACCUCGCUUGCGCUCAGCUCGCCGUUCGAACCCCAAAGAGGUCUGAAGCCGGAGGACGUCGAGGAAGUGACACAGGCCUUGCGAGUAUGGCAGCUCAGCUUCGAACACCGACACCAAUUGCGGGCUGCCGAAUCCGGACACAUCGGUAACAGCGACUCAUUCCAAGGCGGGCCUGUUGCGUUCAACUCCACAGCCCUCCUACGUCUCGCGUACAUGCGUCUUUACACAGAAAUACCGCCGGGCAGGUCCCUCGAAACCCGAGAUCACAUGCUGGUGGCCUCGUCUCUCAGCAAUAUGCCCCUUUUGGUUCGGACACUGCGGCUGCACAGAGCAGUUUUCCAAGCAAUCCACGCCCUGUCGAUGCUGGUCAAAGCUGGAGUUAACUACGUAGCGAGAACGAAGUCGUUGGAAUGGAGUAUUCAGCAUUCCUUGUGUAAUUUCGAAUGCGCCAUACUGCUGUCAAAGUGGCUCCUUACCCUCGCAUCGAUCGGACCGAAUGACCCUCCCGCAACGGCCGAGGAGAAGAACCUGCUAGAGUCGGUCAGAAGAAUGCUGGACGAGACCGAAUUCGCCGUGCCCAUCGACCCGUCCCUGGGCGGACCUGCGGCUGGCCAGCCUGCGACUACAGAAGUCUCUGCAAACGACAGCACGCGUCUACGACAGCUUGCGGCUGCGGUCAUUCGUCUCUGGGCGGAGACGUUUAAGGGCUCGCACAUAUUCGAUAUGGUCCGGGUGAUGGGAAACAGCCUGGAUGGCUACGCCAAUUUGGUUGAGAAGCCGCGCGACAGGACACCGCUGGGAAGGAUCGUGCAUGAUCCCAAUCUUACGUAG